CCUAAAGCUGGUCUGCCACCCGCCAUUAGACUGAGAGAAGUAGUUUGUUUAAACAGUCUCAUGCAUCAAGCAGUGUGUGGAUAAAUGUACUCUUAAUUCAUUUAGUUCAUCAGCAUCAGCGUCAGCAUCAUGACAUAAACAGACAGAGACGCGGAGAACGGAAGAGACCGAGAGAAAGAGCAGCGCGUGGUGCCCGCUGCUGUACCAGAGCCAUUACAGGAGCAAAUUCAAGCCAACUUCAUUGUCGUGAUUCAUCCCGGGUCCAAAUCUCUGCGGAUGGGCCGGGCUACAGACACCCUCCCCCUAAGCGUUCCUCAGGUCAUCGCCCGCAGACACAAACAGCCCGGUCAGCGCCGCCACGAGGACCAGUGCCUCUUACGAGAAGGACUGAAUGCAGCAGACAGCAAUGAACAGAGACAAAAUGGGCUAAAAAUGGUCGACCAGGUGAUCUGGUCCAAGAAAAUGUCCAACGGUGUGAGAAGAACCCCAGUGUCUGCAGAGCAGGCCAGAUUAUACAACAGACAAAUACGUCCUGCUGUGCUAGACCCAAACUCUAAAGUGAAGUGGACAAAUACAUCACAUCAGCCUGAAUAUCUGGUAGGAGAAGAGGCGUUGUAUGUGAACCCUGCAGACUGCUACAGCAUCCACUGGCCCGUCUGCAGGGGACACCUGAACAUCCACAGCGGGCCGGGCGGCUCUCUCACCGCUGCGCUGGCGGACCUGGAGACCAUCUGGUCUCACGCUCUACAGAAACUCCUAGAAAUCACGCUGAAGGAUCUGAAGUAUUACAGAUGCAUCCUUCUGAUCCCAGACAUCUGUAACAGGCAGCACAUGAAGGAAGUUGUUAAUAUGCUGCUGGUUAAAAUGGGCUUCUCAGGUAUGUCACUAAAACCAUCUGCACCUGCUGAUCCCAUCACAACUGUGGCGGUGCAUCAGGAGUCUGUGUGUGCGAUGUUUGGCAGCGGCCUGAGCAGUGCGUGUGUGGUGGAUGUUGGUGACCAGAAGACCAGCGUGUGCUACGUCGAGGACGGCGUGUCCCACCGCAGCUCCAGGUUGUGUCUUGCGUACGGAGGCUCGGAUGUGACGCGGUGUUUUUUCUGGCUCAUGCAGAGAGCCGGAUUUCCCUUUAGAGAAUGCCAACUCGGCAACAAAAUGGACUGUAUUUUACUGCAGCAGCUCAAAGAGUCCUUCUGCCAUCUGGAUCAGGAUAUUUCUGGGCUGCAGGAUCACGAGUUUCGCACAUGUUUCCCUGAUUCCCCAGUGCUGCUGUAUCAGCUACGAUUAGGAGAUGAGAAACUCCAGGCUCCCAUGGCAUUAUUCUACCCUGCUGCGUUUGGGAUAGUGGGGCAGAAGAUGACAUCGCUGCUGCAUCGCUCUCAAGGAGACGCAGAGGAUGCACAUGAUGAGCACUUCCUCCUGACCACACAGAGCAAACAAGACCAGUCUUCUAAAGCCACGACAGACCGCAAAUUAUUCCCUAAGCCUGCUGGGUUUGAGGGGGAAACCGACAUGUGCGACCCAUCGGAGAAGGGAUAUCUGACUCAGGAUCUGGAUUUGGGCCACGCUCAAGCCGAGUGCCUCGUCGGUGGGGCGGAUGCAGAAGAAACAUUGUCAGCUCUGUUGUCCAGGAAGACGGCCAUGACUCAGUUUGAGGGAAAAGCACUUGGCAUGGAUAAAGCCAUCUUACACAGCAUUGACUCCUGCGCCUCGGAUGAAACGAAGCGUAAGAUGUACAGCUGUAUUCUGGUAGUUGGUGGCGGGCUGCUGUUUGACGGAGCGCAAGAGUUUCUGCAGCAUCGCGUCCUCAAUAAGAUGCCUCCAUCUUUCCGUCGUCUGGUGGAGAACGUCGAUGUCAUCACACGACCAAAGGACAUGGAUCCUCGUGUGAUAGCGUGGAAGGGUGGAGCCGUGCUGGCGUGUUUGGACACCACGCAGGAGCUCUGGAUUCACCAGCGAGAGUGGCAGCGCUUCGGUGUGCGGAUGCUCCGUGAGCGGGCCGCCUUUGUCUGGUGAUGUCUUCGUGACGUGGAUUUAAUCUGCUUGUUUUUAUUUUUGGGGAUGUCAAUCUGGCAGUAUGAUGCUAUUAACAAUGUAAAGGUUGAACAAUCAUCUUGCAAAUAAUUUGUUUAGGAUGAUAAUAAAUUGAAUAGCUGUUUAUGAAAAAAACGUGGCUGUUUUUCAUAACUAUUAAGCAUUUUUGUAUCAUUUUCAAUUUUCUCCACUCUAACCAGGAAAAAAAAA